AUGGCACAUGAAGUUGCAGUUUUCCCACCUUCUAUAGAUUCCAAAGAAGGCAGCUUUGGUAGCAAUAACAGUAAUGAACCAAUCUCUGUUCUUGACACACGGCGGAGCCCUAGCCCUUCAACUUCUAUAUCCAAUCUUUCCUCCUCCUUCGGCGGCGGUGCAGCCAACAACAACGCAGCGACUGUAGGUGUAUCAGACAACAACAUCCAACAAAACUGGCCGGAAUAUUCUGUUCCCCUGGAAAUGGGUGUUUCUGGGUCUCUGGCAAACCUUGCCACCAUCGCAGGUGGUUGCCGGAAAGACGAGUGGUCGGAGCUACAGCCCAUUUCUGCGGAAUUUGAACCACAACAAAAAAGAUUUGGGGUUGGAUUAGAUGACUGGGAAAGGUUGUUAUCUGAAUCCGGUGGUUCUCAGGUGCAGGACCAGGAUCAAUCCCUUCUCCGGUGGAUUUCAGGUGACGUUGAUGACACUUCCUUUAGCCUCAAACAGCUCUUGCAGGGCAACCAAAUUGACGAAAAUGCCCCUCCCACCACCGUUUUCAAAAGCUCAUCACCCCCUCAACUCCCCAGCUUCUUCCCCUUCCUUUACCCAGGUCAAAACCCACAAAAUUUCAACUCACAAAUGAUUGUAAACCCACCCUCACAGCAACCACAACCACCGCCACCGCCGCUUGAGAUUCAGUUUCACCAAUCGAGUCUUCAAAAACCUCCGGCUUUCGACCAGAGUCAUGAAUUUCUACUCAAGAAACAAAAUCAGCUAUUGUCACUCCACCAACAGAGAUCAAUGAUGGCAGUUGUGGCAAAGCAAGAACCACUAUCACCACCAGGUGCCGCUCCUCCACCGCCCCAUUACCACCAGAAACAGCUUAUCUGUGACCCGCUAUACGCCGCGGCUGAGCUAAUGCUAUCUGGAAAUUUCUCCCAUGCGCAAGGGAUAUUGGCGCGGCUCAAUCACCAGCUUCCUUCAGCCAUGGCACCAUAUAAGCCUAUUGAAAGGUCUGGUUUUUACUUCAAAGAAGCUCUGCAAAUGCAAAUGGCUUUUCUGAUUUCGAAAUGUAAUCCAACUUCCCUCCCCCGGAGGGUUGUUCCCUCACCCUCCAAUGGCAUGUUCAAGAUGUGCGCUUAUAAAGUCCUUUCAGAAGUUUCUCCAAUUAUACAGUUUAUGAAUUUUACUUCAAAUCAAGCACUACUUGAAGCCCUUGAUGACGCUGAUAACAUCCACAUUAUCGAUUUUGAUAUUGGGUUUGGUGCUCAAUGGGCUUCUUUCAUACAAGAACUUCCUCGAAGAACAAACACCAAUGGUGGUGGUUGUUCAUUGAAGAUAACUGCAUUUGCUUCACCUUCGACUCACCACCCCGUUGAACUCGGUCUCAUGCAUGAAAACCUUUCACAGUUUGCUCAAGAAAUCGGGAUUUCGUUCGAGCUUGAAGUUGUAAACUUCGAUUCUUUUGAUCCUAACUCGUUUUUGGUUUCCGGGAAGGCGGCAGUUGGUGUGAACUUCCCAAUCUGGUCAACUUCAACCCACUUAGCUGCCAUUCCCUCCCUUCUGCACUUCAUAAAACAGCUUUCUCCGAAGAUAGUGGUGUCGCUUGAUCGAGGAUGUGAAAGGACAGAUCUAACCUUCCCACAGUAUCUCAUGGAGGGUCUUCAGUACUAUGAAGCUCUAUUGGAAUCCAUUGGUGCUGCCAACAUUCCUUCAUACACAGCUAACAAGAUCGAAAAGUUCUUGUUGCAGCCUCAAAUUGAAAGCAUGGUGAUGGGAAAAGUCGAGUUCCCGGAGCCCAUGGCGCAUUGGAAGACACUGUUCACUGCGGGCGGUUACUUGGCGGUGGGAUUAAGUAAUUUUGCAGAAGCGCAAGCAGAUUGUGUUGUGAAGAGGAGUGAAGUUAGGGGGUUUGAUGUAGAGAAGAGGCAUGGGUCGCUUGUGCUUUGCUGGAAGAAGCGUGAGCUGAUGGCUGUUUCAGCCUGGAAGUGCUGAUUGGAAAUUGUGUAGAGGUUUUAACUAACCUUCAACUACCUUCAUGGAUCUUUUUCGUUAUUAGUAAUUUUAAUAAAUAAUAUUCAAACUAAAACUUAAUUAUUGACUGCAACUUCUAUAUAUUAUUGUCUAGUAAUCAUGAUUAGUUGGAAGUGAUUUUGAUUUGGAUGUGCAUUAUUAUUUUGUGUUGAAACUCAUGAUCAUGUAUACAACUAUAUGUUAAAAGAUGACAUCAAGGGGUUGUUUGGUUGGUUUUC